GUCACUUUCAAAACAAUAUGGCGGAGAAAAUUGCAAUGGAGUAUUCGUGUUGUGUUUAAUGCCGAUGUUAUGAGUAACAUAACCUAAAUGUAGUGAUAACAUAACAUAAACUAUUGGAAUCCCGUUGAAGAUGGGAGCCAAUGCAUCACAACUCGAGAAGGAAAUUGGAUCGGAGCAGUUUCCGAUUAAUGAACAUUAUUUUGGGUUGGUAAAUUUUGGUAAUACCUGUUAUUGUAAUUCUGUCCUCCAAGCGUUGUAUUUCUGUCGGUCAUUUAGAGAGAAAGUUCUACAGUAUAAACAGCUACAGAAAAACCAAAAGAAGGAAACAUUGUUGACAUGUUUAGCAGAUCUGUUUUUUAGUAUAGCCACACAGAAGAAAAAAGUAGGCACCAUUGCCCCAAAAAAGUUUAUUACUCGAUUAAGAAAAGAGAAUGAACAAUUUGAUAAUUACAUGCAACAAGAUGCCCAUGAGUUUUUAAAUUAUUUAUUGAAUACAGUAGCUGAUUUAUUACAAGCUGAGAAACAGGGUACGAAACCUAAAAACAGUUCAGGAGAUUCUAAAGCUAAACCUGAUCCAACAUGGGUACAUGAUAUAUUCCAGGGAACAUUAACCAAUGAAACUCGGUGUUUAAAUUGUGAAACAGUGAGCAGUAAAGAUGAAGAUUUUUUGGAUUUAUCUGUUGAUGUUGAACAGAAUACGUCCAUAACUCAUUGUUUAAUAGGUUUCAGUAAUACAGAAACACUUUGUGCUGAACAUAAAUACUACUGUGAAGUCUGCUGUAGCAAACAGGAGGCACAGAAAAGAAUGCGGGUAAAGAAAUUACCACAGAUUCUGGCAUUACAUUUAAAGAGAUUUAAAUAUAUGGAACAACUGAGUAGAUAUAUUAAAGUUUCUUAUAGAGUUGUCUUUCCUUUAGAGUUACGCUUAUUUAAUACAUCUGAUGAUGCAUGUAAUCCUGAGAGAAUGUAUGAUUUAGUAGCUGUUGUUGUACACUGUGGUAGUGGACCUAAUCGUGGUCAUUAUAUUAGUAUUGUUAAAAGUCAUGGUUUCUGGUUAUUGUUUGAUGAUGAUAUUGUUGAUAAAAUUGAAGCAAGUCAGAUUGAGGAGUUUUACGGGAUUCCGUCAGACAUGCAGAAGAAUUCUGAGUCUGGUUAUAUUUUAUUUUACCAGAGUAGAGAAUAACUAGUGCUGACUCUCGAAAAAAUCUCCUUUUCUUAGAUCUUAUAUUUUAAAUGUUUCCAAUCACAAGCUCUGAGAGAGUAUCACUUUUGUUGUAAGCUUAUAUUGAUACAGUUUUUCACUCUAAAAUUAUACUGUCCCUCAGGUUUAUGAGCACACUAUCCCUGGGUUAAACUUAUACUAUCCCAGGUUUAGAAUCACACUAUCCCUGGGUUAAACUUAUACUAUCCCAGGGUUAGAAGCACACUAUCCCUGGGUUAAACUUAUACUAUCCCAGGUUUAGAAGCACAGUAUCCCUGGUUUAAACUUAUACUAUUCCUAAUAUCAUACUAUACCCAUGAUAGCAACAUAUCUCUGAGUAUUAUGACUUGAGAUGGCUUCUUGUUGAGUUUAAUUUAUAAUGCUCACACCGAUUGUACAUUGUUCUCAGUUAGGAUUAUCUCAUGGGAUGGGUUAGUUAGAACUAUCUCAUUGGAUGAGUUAGUUUGGAUUAUCUUUCGGAUGAGUUAGUUAGGGUGCCCCACACAGCCAGAAAUGGGCUCUAAUGAUAAUUGAAGUUGAAAUGACUUCAGGUCAAUUGCACAUUCACUAUAAGUAUUAGACUGGAUUCACCUUUUAAUAGCCGUUUGUCUACGCAUCUAUCAAAUAAAAAAGCCCUAAAUGUGAACACCUGACAUUAAUAUUUGAAAUAUCUAAUUUUUUUCAAUUGACCGUUUUAUUAACUAUGCAUGUUUUGAUUUAGUAGAUUUUAUAUUUCUGAAGAUUCGUUAAAUGUAAUGGCAUGUAACACAAUUUGUACUGAAUAAUGGCUGUAUACUGAGCUACCAGUGCAUACACAAUUACUGUCUAAUUUAAAUAUAUACAACUUAUUAAAUACAUCAUGACCAUUCAUUUAGUUGUGAUAAAUGAGUUAAACUAAGGUAAAGCUUUUGGUAUGCAUCAAUAUAUUUGGAGAUUUUUAUUGUUAUUAUGGGGCACCCUUGUAACAGACUAAAUAUAUAAGUUCUUUUCUUUGGAAUUCAUUGGAGUUGUUAAACACCAUUGACAAGAACUCAAAAUAUGAUUAAGCUAUUGAGAAGUCAUGCCAAAACUAUUUUAAUGUAUACUUAAUUUCAAUCGUAAUGCACAUUAAAAUAUAAAAUAAAGAUAAAAAUAUGAAAAUUUGAGACCUUGUGAAUAUAAAUAUUUUAUGAUGUUGAUAUUGUAUUGAGUGAGUUGUGUAUAUUAACUACUGUUUCUGGAACUGUGAUUAUCACAUAGCUACUGUGUUAGGGACCAUCUCAAAAUUUCAGCACUUGCGUCUAAACAAGUAACCCGUGGAACUGGGUUGUAAGGUGGGUUUAAUCACACUGUGAAUAGAAAAUGAUUUAAAUUAAAUGUUAAUUAUUUAACGUUGUAUCAUGAACAGAAAUAUAUCGGCAUUUUCUUAAUCCCUUGGCACGGAUUAUCUUUGGGGAGGGUGGGUCAAGAUCUAUCCAUGGGUUAUUGGAUGCAAGUUUUGGUAUUUUGCGCCAGUCCCUUAUAAUCAUCUAUAUAACAAUAUUUAUACUGGUAAUAUAAACUGUGAUUAUUACCAUUGAUAUACUAUGAUAUACCAGUUAAUUUCUUUUGCUCAUAUGAACUGAUUAAUAACAGAAACUAGAUAUAACAUGACGGAUACAAAGAACAGGACUUGUCACAAUAUCCACUUUAUAUUUUUGAAGAUGGUUGAAUAAUAACACUGCAUUUCAUGAACAUUUUUAGAUAUUUAAUGUUUAAGUGAUAAUUAAUUUUUAUGUCUAGUCCAUUUGUUACGAAAACCAAAAGUUUGAAUGAGGAAAUAAAUUCUGUGUGACUGAUGUACUUCUCAUCUAAAUUAACAUUUAACUUUUAUUCUGAUCAGAAAGCAAAUAUUCUCCAUUGUAUAAUAUUUGAAAGGCAUUUAGCAAUUUAACAUGACAUAACACAACAUAGUUCCAUGGAUAACAAUCACUAUAUUAUAUACAAGAUUUCACUGGUCGUUCAAGCUUACAAAAUUACAAAGCUUGAUAACAACUACCAUUUGUGAAAUAUUAUCGAAAUGUUUUGUGUAUCUCUAAUAUAAAAGUGGAAAAAGGAUGGGAAGCACUGCUAUAUUAUAUAAACAUAACAUUUUGACAAGAAUUAACUAAUUGUUAUCAUUUGUUGAAAUACAGAUGUGACGUCAUCCAUUGUGUUGUUUCAAUUUAUUACGUAAUGUCUCGCGCUCGACCAUUAAACCACACUUAUCGACUAGUAAAGUCGAGUGUGUAUAUAAGAUAGUGACUGUUAUCCAUACUUCUGUGUUGUGUUAUAUCAUGUAUACAAAAUAAAAAUAUAAUCAGUUCAUGUUAAGUAAGAAUAGCAACAGGUUUUGUCAAGAUAUUUUAUUAUAGAUUUUACACAUUAUUUGUACUGUAAAUAAUCAUUUAUUUCUAUAUUACAUAGAAAACAUUUUUAUGCACGUCUUUAUCAGCAAAUGUAUUUAUAAACACAUGGAUACUCUUGCAUAUUAGAUUGGUUGAUAUUGUAAAAAUAAUUAUUCUGGGGAGUUUUAGUGGAAGGUAUUAUAUUUUUACCAAAUAUAGAACUGGUUGAAGUUGAACCCUUAUGAGUUAACCAAUUUAAAUAAAGCUAAUAAUUCAAUUUAAAUUGACUUAACUGUUCACGCUAAUGAGAAAUGCUAGAAAAUUUCAAAUAUUUACCAUUUUUAAUUUAUACCUUCUGCACAUUUGAUUAAUAUUAUCUUAAAUGUUAUUAAUAGCUUUUCGUAUGCAAAAACUAUACAGAAUGAUUGGACUUGGGUGAUAAUUAUCUAAACUCGAAAAGGGUAAUAUUGUUCUGCUUUUGUUUUUAAUGGUAAAUGCAGGGGGACUGCACCACACACAAACAAAUAUACAAGACAAAUCUACAGACUAGACACAAUAUACAGACAUCACAAACAACAAACAUACACGCACACAUCAGAUCGAGUGAAUUCAUCCGAGGGCUAAUCGUAGGUGUCUACUGAACUGUACAGUCCCGGAUCUGUAAAGUAUUACAUCUAAUAUUUGUCGGUAAAUUUUUUACCACUGAAGAAUAAAGGUCCAUGUCGAUUUAAGUCUCUGUGCGUUAUUUGAAUUUUCAGGGAAAUAUCAAAUUUUACACAACUUUUUAAAACUGACUUGAUUUAAAAGAGGCUUAUCAAUAGAUUUUAGCGAAGAUUAUAGGUGGCAUUUGCUUUGGACCAUAUCCUGUGUAAUAUGCCGAUUGUUGACAAAUUUUCAAUUUAUCAUAACUUUGAACCAUUUUUGGACAAAUAUUCCUUUUAGAGAUAUUGUAGUAUAAAGCGUGCAUGUUAGAUCAUAAGGUCUGUCAUUGAGGCAAGUGGUGUGGUUUUGACUUCCUGCUUGUUUGUGACAAGGAGUAGGGUUGCUUAUCCAACUUUGUAGGUUUUCCCAGGUUCUCCCACUGCUAAAGACCCCUACAUGCAAACUAAUUAUUAAAAUAAAAUUGAACCAUAUGUUAGCCCCGAAGUGACCUAGUUUGUGUCAAGUGGACGCUAAACCCCAUUUCUCUCUCUCUCAAAUGAUGUUCAGAGACUUUUAAGAAAUACAACCUAAAUUCAAAGUGAUGAAGUAUUCUCAAUUUGCAAAAAUGUAACUGGGGUUUUAAGAUUUAAUUUAAGAAUGUAGUAUAAUGCUGUAAAAAUUUAUUAAAUUCUUUUUGUAUUAGUUGCAUUCAACUAGUUAUAAUGAAAAGUUGAAAACAUGGACUAAACUUAUUUUAGAUCAUAUAUAAAUUAAGAGUCUAUCAUGUUUAUAAAACAUUUGAAAAUCAGGUUUUAGAAAGAUUGUUAUAAUUCGUAAAACCAAAAUUCAACAAAACCAAUGUACAUAUAUAUCAUAAUUGGAAAUGAACAAAGUUGUGAAGCUUGGUAUACUUUCACAUUUCAAAGCUUUUGUCUUAGUUUGCAGUUUUACUUCCAAUUUGUGUAGAAGGGUAACAUUAUCAUAAAGAAUAUUCUAAGUUAAAAUUGCCGUACAUGUAUUUGUUUUUUUGAUCUGCUUAUAUUUGCAAUACAAUUUUAUAGCCAUUGCUUAUGCUUCAUAAUUGUAAAUAUCAAAGAGUUGUUUAACAUUUAUGUAGAAAAUUUAUAUCAGGCAAAAAUUGCAUUUAAAGACAAAUUUAUUCAUCAGACAGUUUCUGUUGUUAGACAUGCCUGAUAAAUAGUAUUUAGCAAGACACGUGUCAUAAUUGUGAUAAAAAUCAUUAAAUGCAUAUCAAUACAAUUAUUGUAUAGAUUUAUUUACAUUAUUAUUAGACAACUUGUAUUUCUUGAGAUAUUUAUACAGUAAUAUUAAAUGUGUCUAAAAUAGAAUAUUUAUUAUUAAGAUUCUAUUUCAGAUAUAAUAAUCAAAUUGCACAAAGAUAAAUAUGUUAUUAUAUUUACAUUUAUUCAAAAAUGAAACAAUGAAUACCCUAUCUGCAAAUUAAGACCCUAUCUGCGAAUUUGUUGAAAGUUCUCAUUUAAAAUUCCUACAUCAUUGGAGAUAUUAAUUCUGAUAAUUUAUCAUGUUCAAGAAGAGCACUUUAUAUAAAUAGCUUUGUUCUAGAUUUGUUCGGAGAGCUUACAUCAUUAUGUGUUAUUUUAAAUUGCGUAAAAUGAAAGACAUCUAUGUUGUUGAUUUGUAGGCUUAUUAAUGGAGAUAUUUAAAUAAAAAGCCUGGCAUAUUGUUUUGUUUUAGUUUGUUAUGUUAAGAUACAGCCAAGCUUGUCCUUAUCUUAUCUAUAUAUGUAAAGAAAUUGUAAUAAUAAUAAAUGUUGAUAGAGAUAUAUAAAAUACUUGUACAUGGUAAAUUAAAUGUUUUUUAAAUCUGAUUGUUAUAAAUAUCUUUACAAUCAUACAA